UCGUAGAGAGAAAAGGGAAAGGAAUCGAGAGAGUGAAGACAAAAUGGAAUCAACUCACGUAAUAGCCAUUACAAAUAGAGAAGAAGAUAAUUUCCCACAUACAACCAAAGAGAACAAAACAUUCCAAUUUUCCUAUCUUGGGAAAAAUGAAGUCCACUGUGUUUCCAUUGCUUUCAAUGCCAGACACAAGCAGAUGCAGAGAGACCAAGACACCAGGAAGAUGAUUCACUGCAUCAAAGUAGGAAUCUCCUUGGUUUUGGUUUCACUUCUGUACCUCUUGAACCCUGUCUUUAAGCAACUUGGAGAAAAUGCAAUGUGGGCUAUCAUGACAGUUGUGGUCAUGUUUGAAUUCUCUGCAGGGGCCACACUAGGAAAGGGCUUCAACCGUGGACUGGGAACUAUUGUAGGAGGAGGACUAGGUUGCUUAGCAGCACUUUUUGCACAAAGCAUUGGGAUUGGCAGGGUUGGCAACUACAUCAUAAUAGCUGCUUCUGUAUUUAUAUUGGGAUCAUUUGCCACAUAUCUUCGACUGAUUCCAAGCAUAAAGAAAAGAUACGAUUAUGGAGUGAUGAUAUUCUUGCUGACUUUCAAUCUAGUUGUGGUUUCUGUCACACGCGUGAAUGUGAAAGUGUGGGAAUUAGCCGGUGAACGUCUCUUGAAUAUACUGAUGGGCCUCAUUGUAUGCGUCUGUGUGAACUUGCUCGUCUUUCCUUUGUGGGCAAGUGAUGAACUUCACGAUUCCAUCGUCUCCAGAUUCCUUGACCUUGCCAAUACAAUUCAAGGUUGUUUAGGCGAAUGUACCAAAAUGAUUAACGAAAAGGAAAAUCAACCCUGUGCUAGCUUCAACGUUUGCAAGUCAGUGUUGAACUCCAAGUCAAAGGAUGAAUCAUUGGCAAAUUUCGCAAACUGGGAACCCUGGCAUGGAAAAUUUGGAUUUUCCUACCCUUGGGAAAGGUACUUAAAGAUUGGGGAGAUUCUUCGCGAACUGGCUGCAUUUAUUCUUGCAAUGCGUCGUUGCCUCGAAGCAUCAAAAGAGCCCAUGGCCACAUUGAGAGAAUCACAAUGGGUCUAUUUAGAAACAUGCGAAGCACUUGAGUCAAAGGUUGCGUGCGUUCUGCAAGAACUUGGAGACAGCAUGAAGCAAAUGAUGAAAUGUAAUGCAAAGGGUUGUGUUUCGGAGCAGCUGAAAGCCGCCAGAGAAGAUUUAAGCUUCAUAAUUUCCACGUUCAAAAUGGCACAACUUGAGGAUGAUCAAGUGCUAGCCAUUGCUAGCUUCGUCUUCUUGCACAUGGAAGUGAUACAGAAGGUUGAGGAACUGGUGAAAGAGGUGGAAGAACUUGGAGAAAUCGCAGGUUUUCGCACCCCAAUAACUGCAUUGUCUUCGUAGACCCCAUAUUUUAACAGUGAUUUAUCUAUCUAUCUAUGUAUGUAUAUAAACCAUUCCCGAUUUUAGGUCAUAGAUUAUUAUUACAAAUAUGUGUUCUCUUGGUGCCAAAGAAACACAUGAA